UAUUACGGCAUUAAUCACGUACACACUUGCUGCCGAACUAAUUACUCAUAAAAAUAAGCAGUAAUUACUCGUUUCUUUACGUUUCUCAAUGCCACAAUAGUGGGUCAGAUGUCAUAACAAUUCAUUGAUAACAAACAUCACUCGUUUUACGAUGAUCAGAUGAACGGUGAUUGAGUUUUUUAUGACUAUCAUUGGCAUGGGACUUAGGUCAAUAAUUAAGUAACUGUGAAUUGACUAGUUUUAUUUCCUAUUUAGUGUGCCGAUGACUAGCAUCGGUUUAAGUCGUAGUUUAGUGUAUAAAGUAGUUAGCAGAAUGUUUUCUAACAAGUUUUCUUACGAGGACGCUAUCCAUAAAUUAAACUCCUUACAAUCAAACAAAUCUACAAUAGAACAAAUACGAAGGGACAUUAAAACAAGUAAAAAAUGCACAAAUUUGGAAGAAAUGGAGAAAUAUCUAGCACGAACAGGAGUUCCACUUACAACAUUAGAUAAAUUGUCUGUAAUACAUGUCGCUGGCACUAAGGGAAAGGGGUCAACAAGUGCAAUGUGCGAAUCUAUUCUCCGAACACACGGCUACCGUACAGGGUUCUAUUCGUCCCCACAUCUGAUAGCUGUGAGGGAGAGGAUCAGAUUGGCUGGAAGACCGCUCUCUGAAGACCUGUUUGCACAUCACUUCCAUAGAGUAUAUGAUGCUUUGUUUAAGACACAGACGUUUGAGGGAGACAUGCCAAAAUACUUUGCCUUCCUCACAGUGAUGGCUUUUAAUGUUUUCAUUCAAGAAAAUGUAGAUGUCGCCAUAAUUGAGGUUGGAAUUGGAGGCGUUGUGGACUAUACCAAUAUAUUAAGAAAAGUCCCCGUAGUGGGCAUAACAGCGUUAGGGCUAGAUCAUACGUCAAUAUUGGGAAAUACGCUGCCCGAAAUUGCUUUAGCAAAAGCUGGCAUAAUGAAACCUGAAUGCGUGGCGUAUACAGUACAUCAACCACAAGAGGCUAUGGAAGUUUUGAAAAGGGUGGCUGCUGAAGUGAAAUGUCCCUUAACAGUGGUUCCUGAGUACAACAUGUAUACAUUUCAAAAUGGCUUACGACUAUCAAUUCAAUUGGAUGCGUACAGAAUAAACGCAUCCCUAGCGAUUCAGCUAGCCCACGCAUGGAUGAGAAUAACCACAGAUAAUAAAUUCGAAAACACAGAUAAGCUAACCAGCGAGCUAAUAAAUAAAUUACCAAAGGAAACGGUUAUUGGUUUGAGAGAUUGCAAGUGGCCAGGAAGAUACCAUGUGGUUGAAACGGAAUUUGGAUGUGUGUACUUAGAUGGUGCACAUACAAGAGAGUCAAUGGAUAUAUGUGCAAAGUGGUUUAAUGAGAAUUGCAGGUAUCCGGAUAAAAUAUUAAUAUUUAGCGCCACUGGAGAUCGCGAUGCCGAAAUUCUGUUGAAACCGCUUUCGCACAUGAAAUUUGUUACAGCACUAUUUGUUAUACCAUCAGCAUACAAAAAAAACACUGAUAAAAGUGAUAAUUUUUAUAGAACUGAACAAAAUGAACUUGUAUCACGAUGUAAAAAAUAUGCUGAAAUUUGGAAUAAUCUUAAUAACAGUUCAAGAGACACAAAUGUAUAUGAAUGUGUAUCAGACGCUUUGGAAAGUAUUAAUAAAAAUAGGAAUCAAUCCAUUUUAAUAACAGGAUCACUACAUUUAGUUGGUGCUGCUUUAUCAAUAAUUGAUUCGAAUUUGAAUUAUACAUAAAACAAGAAAGCUGUGAUAAAGAAAAAAUAUGCGUUAAAUGUAAUUAUUUUAAAUAAUUAUUAUUUUUAUCAAAAUAUAUAAAUUGUUAAAGUUUA